CAAUAUCAUUAUGGAGAGAUGUAAAGAAAGUCAAAAACUCCAACGAAGAAAUGAGCAAUUCAGCAUAAUUUUUUCUUUUUUGGACCAUGAUCAUUGUCUCCUGUGACCACGACUCCUCGGUCCUCAAUCGUCACUCUGGAGAGAGAAUGGAAAAUUCUUAGUCUCAUUUCUUUAUAAAGAGAAAAUGGAAACAUACUGAAAGUUCAAUUUUUUUUGUUAAGUGGCUUGAAGCUUCUAUUAAUGGCGGCAAAAGUUGCAGAGAGUCCAAUCCCUUCUUCAGCAGAAACAGAAGGUGAGAAUCCACUGUUGAGUGAAUUCACCUUUCCUCCAUAUGACAUGAUUGAGGCCAAGCAUGUGAGGACUGGAAUAAAGACGCUUUUGAGACGACUGGAAGAUGAUUUGGUUGAAUUAGAGAAUACCGUGGAGCCAACUUGGGAUAAAUUAGUGGUGCCAUUAGAGAAGAUAGUGGAUAAUCUCACUGUAGUUUGGGGCAUUGUGAAUCAUCUCAAGUCGGUGAAAGAUAAUGCCGAGCUCCGUUCAGCUAUUGAGGAAGUUCAUCCAGGGAAGGUCAAAUUUGAACUCAGAUUGGCACAAAGCAAACCAAUUUACAAUGCCUUUAAAGCUAUUAAAGAAUCUUCAAGUUGGCUGGCCUUGGGUAACACAAUUUUGCGGUCACAUAAUUGUUUGGACCUGCCAAUUGACAGCUAUGAAUUAAGUAUCUCAGUAUUGACACGUGAUGGCUAUGUAAGAGCUAAAGUUGUUGAUGCUUGUGAUACUGCCCAUAAAAUGAGGAAGGUGUUCGAGUUGGAUGGGAGUUUCCUAACAACUAGGGAGAGAUUUAUGUGGGAUAAGCGACUGAAAAAUAUGUUGGAUGUGAGGAUUGUUGAGAAUGAUGCGGUUCUAUCAUUCUUGCAAAAUGUGAAAGAUACCGCAUGUUGUAUGGCUGUUACAUCAGCUUUUGAAUUUGAUAUGGAAGAAUUGAAGAUUUUCUGCAGGGAACAAGGAGCUGAAGAAGCUGGUGAUCUUCAACAUUGGGACACUGGAUUUUGGAGUGAGAGACUUCGUGAAUCAAAGUAUGACAUCAAUGAGGAAGAACUGAGGCCAUUUUUCUCAUUAACAAGGGUUAUGGAAGGCCUUUUCAACCUUUCAAAGAUGCUCUUUGAUAUAGAGAUUGAAUCAGCUGAUGGCGUAUGGAAUAGCGAUGUUAGAUUCUAUUGUGUCAAAGACUUGUUUGGCAGUCCAAUUGCAUACUUCUAUUUUGAUCCUUAUUCUAGGCCUUCUAACAAGAGUGGUGGGGCAUGGAUGGAUGUGGUUGUUAGUCGAAGCCGUGCAAUGUCGCGCAGCAGUAAUUUGGCUCGGCUGCCGAUUGCUCACAUGGAUCUCUUAAUGCGAAAUAAGAAAUGUUGGGUUAUCUAUAUAUUUCUUGUAGCAGAAAUGCAUUUUGAGUUUUGCUUUCUCAUUCUUCUUCAAAUGUUGAGACUUGUCUUUCAUGAGUUUGGUCAUGCACUUCAGCAUAUGCUUACCAAGGAAGAUGAAGGGUUGGUUUCUGGCAAUCGUGGUAUUGAGUGGGAUGCUGUUGAACUGCCUUCACAAUUUAUGGAGAACUGGUGUUAUCACAGAAAUACAUUAAUGAGUAUUGCAAAGCACUAUAAAACUGGAGAGAGUCUGCCGGAGGUAGUAUAUUCCAAGCUUCUAGCUGCACGGACUUUCCGUAAGGGUACAGAACGUCUGCGUCAGAUACGAUUUGCAAUCGUUGAUCUUGAAUUGCAUACGAAGUAUCUGCCUGGUGGAUCCGAGUCCAUUUUUGAUGUCGAAACGCAGGUCAUGCCACCGUUGCUAGAGGACAGAUUUCUUUGUGUCUUCAGCCAUAUAUUUGCAGAUCAUUAUGAUGCUGGAUAUUACAGUUACCAGUGGGCUGAGGUGAUGUCUGCUGAUGCCUUUUCUGCAUUUGAGGAGGUUGGGCUUGGUAAUAGUGAGGCCAUCAAAGAAAGAGGUCACAAGUUCCGGGAAACUAUUCUUGCAUUUGGGGGAGGAAGGCAUCCACUUCAGGUUUUUGUUGAAUUUCGUGGGAGGGAACCUUCCCCGGAUGCUUUUCUCCGGCACAAUGGCCUAUUACUUGGAGACCUGUUAGUGUAAUGUAUUAGUUAUGAUGGAUAAGUUUGGGUAUGUCAUAUUAUAUAUUUUACAAGUGUCCUAAAUGCAUUAUGGCGUGUUUAUGUGAAGGGUGCGGUUUGUACAGAGUUGAGCUCUAAAGAAUCAAAAUAAAAUGCACCUUC